AUGGAAGACGUUGCACGUUUAGCUGUAAUUGAACAACAUCUAAGCGAUAUUAAUAAAUUCAAUAGAGUGUUGCAUGAUCUUUUGCAGCACAUCAACCAUAUAUUAGAAAACCCUCAUGAUUUGGAAGUGCGUACUCUAAAAAAUCUUUAUCUUAAAGAAGCUAUGGAAGAUGAAGCUGUUAGUGAUUACCUUAAAUACAUUGGAUUCCAACUGGUAAAAGGUGAAUACAUAUAUCCAAAGGAACAAUCUCUUAGCAAAUUAAGACUGGCACAGGUAGCUAUCCAAAGGAAGAUAUCCAUUUGUUAUGGAUCCAAAUCCGAGUUUCUGUUCACAAAACCAGCCUCCACCUUUGCCCAAGCCAAUAAGCCUAAGCUAAAACCAGUGUAUGUGACAACACAGAAUGAGUUUUUACUAAAAGUACAAAUGCUUUUUAAUGAUAUUCUAAAAUAUGAAAAUGAAGAGAUACAAGCAUUAGCUCGGGAACACAUUCCUCUAGUAACACUCCAACUGAAUGCAAUAGAAAGGGUGAGAGAACAUCAAAGACAAUUAAAAAAUGGCGAAGAGACUGGCAAUGACUUAUCAUUUGAGAUUGGUCUCCUGAUGGAGCUGCUGGGUUGGUUCAAGAAUACCUUCUUUUCGUGGGUAGACAAACCCGACUGUGAACAAUGUGGGGCACCUACUGUCCACGAAAGAAAUGAAAAUAUGAAAAUAGGAACUGAGACCUGCAGAGUAGAGAUAUACAAGUGCACGCAAUGCAGCGCGGAGGUGCACUUUCCACGCCACAAUGAUGUAGCAAUGUUGCUGCGAACGCGUCGCGGACGUUGCGGCGAGUGGGCCAGCUGCUUCACGCUGUUCUGUCGCGCGCUGGGGUACGACACGCGCUACGUAUACGAUGCCACGGACCACGUUUGGUGCGAGAUAUUCGAUUAUGACACGAACACUUGGCUACACGCAGAUCCGUGCGAAUAUUUGCUGGAUGCUCCGUUAACAUACAGCUGUGGUUGGAAGAAAAAGCUUACAUACGUGAUAGCUGUUUCGAGAGACGAUUUGCAGGACGUCACUUGGCGUUAUACAACGGAUCAUAAGGAGGUACUUAAAAGAAGGAAGUUAUGCGAGGAGAAUGAACUGUUGACCACUAUAAUGGCACUUCGAAGUGCGAGACAGGCGCAGGUCUCGGAAGCCAGGAGGCGGUACCUCGUCAAACGUUGCUUGAAGGAGUUGGUGCAGUUAAUGGUGGAGAGGAAACCGGAAGACUACGAAACACGCGGCCGGAUAUCCGGAUCGAAGGAAUGGCGUAGGCAACGCGGCGAGAUCGGCAAAGAGAAUACAAGUUACGUUUUCGAAUUUGCACAACCGGGAGAUUACACGGUGAAAUACUACGCCAGCUUGAAUAAAUACCAGAUUAGCCGUGACGGGUCGGAUAUAGAAUCGAUAAAUUCAUUCGAAAAUGGUGCCUAUUCCUGCGAAAGCAUUUUUCGUAAAGUGGAGAUGGACUGGCGUCAGGUGUACUUGGCUAGAGAAGUGGACGAAACAAUUGGGUCAAUAUCAUGGAAAAUGGCGGUGAAAGACGACAGCUUAAUCUUUGAACAACUUGCCAUACAAAUGACAACAGCGCUAUACGAAACAGGGAACAUAGAGUGUACGGUUCGGUUCGAUGAAGAGAUCCCGCAGCAAAUGAAACUUGGUGAGACGUGGCAUUUCAAACGGGAGUUCAAGCAAGUGGUGCUGGCUUGUCGUCUAUCCGGUGGGAUUGGGGACGUGGCCUGGCAACACGCACAGCUGUUCCGUCAACCGAUCGACAGCGAAAAAUACGUCUUUCAACUGGCAACACGUGUCAUUCAAAAGUGUACAGACGGUAGCAAUAACUAA